ACAAGCUAACAACAAGUUCAAAAGAGAAUAUUCCAGCGCAGGAACAGCAGCCGGAGGAAGAAGAAGAAGAAGAAGAGGGAGCGGGUGGUGGUAUUCUGUUUGAGCGAUGGAAGGGCUGAUCCCGUUCGUGAUCGACGCGAUCAGGAAGAGCCACGCGAGGGACAGCUACCGCUGCGCCUCCUCGGACGGCAGCUCCCACGGGGGCAGCGGCAGCAGGCGGCACCUCAUAGACUACCGGGAGCUGCCGGCCGGAGCGGCCGACGCCGAUGCCAUCCGCCACCAAGGCCCGUGGUCGGAGUUUAUCCAGGCGCCGGCCGACGUGCGUCCUUCCGAGGAGCACGCCCGGCCGGCCGCCGCGGUCGCCGGGUCGGCUUAUCGCUGGAAAUGAGCACGUACGCUUCAUGUCUCAAGGCGCUUUUGCUUAGUUGUUAAUUACAGCUAUUGGAUUGGUUUUGUUCAUUGUUUGCCUUAGGCAUGUACGCAAAGGGAUUUCGUGUGGGGCGUCAAGGGGCGCCUUGACAUACAUUUGUCAUGUGUCAUUGCUUUUCAGUGCGUUCAAA